UAAAGAGAACUGAUGUUAGGGUUGCGCGCCAACUAAGUUACGGGUCUAGAAACACAUUUAGAAAACGACUUCUGGUGCCGUGCAGUGGACCUGUUGCAGCCUGCGCAUUACGUAUCAGGAUGGAUCAGAUGCAGAAUUUCACUUCUCAUAGAUCUCCAGUUUUUUCAAAAACAGGAUGUGUGUCAUCAAACAAUCCAUUUGCUACUAAGGCUGGCAUAGAUAUUCUUCAGCGUGGUGGUAAUGCUGUGGAUGCUGCAGUUGCUGUGGCUGCAGCAAUGGCUGUUGUGGAACCAAGUAGUACAGGCCUGGGUGGAGAUGCUUUCUGUCUCUUUUACAAUGCAAAUGAGAAGAAAGUCUAUGGACUAAAUGGAAGUGGCCGAUGUGCAGCAGGUCUUACUUUGGAUAUACUAGCAGCAGAGGGUUAUAAUGCUCAGAAUCCUCUUCCUGAUCACCAUGUCCACAAUGUAACAGUUCCUGGGACUGCAGCUGCAUGGAGUGAUGCUGUUAGUCUCUUUGGAUCUGGCCAGCUUACACUGUCUGACUUGCUGACCCCAGCAAUUAAUCUAGCUGAAAAUGGUUUCCCUGUAACACCUGUUGUUGCUGACUUAUGGAAGAAAAGUGAAUCACUUCUACAAUCACAGCAAUAUGGAAGUGAGCUUCUACUGAAUGGACAAGCCCCAAGAGUAGCAGAACUCAUGAAAAUACCUACUAUGGCAGAGUCACUGAAGGUUCUUGCACAGGAAGGAAAGACAAGCUUUUAUACAGGUCGUAUAGGACAAGCUAUAGUUGCAGAAGUUCAAAGACUUGGAGGUUACUUAGCACUGGAUGAUCUCAAAGAUCACACAAGUACUGAAGUGCAGCCCAUUUCUGUAGAUUACAAGGAUUACAUUGUUUGGGAAAUACCACCUAAUGGUCUUGGUAUCACAACAUUAAUGGCACUGAAUAUUUUAGAAGGUUACGAUGUUCAAGCACUGGGACAAGGCUCAGCUGAUUACUUUCACCUUCUUAUAGAAAGCUUAAAGCUCAGUUUUGCUGAUAGCUUAUACUAUGUGGCUGACCCUGACAUUGUAUCAGUACCAACUUCAGGCCUUCUACAGAAAUCAUAUGCUGCAGAGAGAAGGAAGCUUAUUUCCAUGGAUACGGCAAGUGAUUACCCUGUCCAUGGGGAUCCAGAUAUAAAACAGAUGUCAGAUACUGUUUACAUGACAGUCACAGAUGCUGAAGGAAAUGCAUGUAGUUUUAUUAAUAGCAAUUACAUGAGCUUUGGAACUGGAAUUGUUCCUGAAGGAUGUGGAUUUGCUCUACAGAAUCGUGGGGCCCUGUUUACUUUAGAUCCAACAAAAAACAAUGUUCUUGCUCCAAAGAAGCGCCCACAACACACAAUUAUACCAAGCAUGGUGACAAAUGCUGAGACUGGAGAGCUUUUGGCUACGUAUGGCAUAAUGGGUGGAUUCAUGCAACCUCAGGCCCAAGUCCAGGUGCUACUCAACAUGGUGGAAUUUGGAAUGGAUCCACAGCAAGCCUUGGAUUACCCAAGAUUUUUUGUGGAUGUCAGUACAAGCCAGCCCUGGACAGUGUCACUGGAAUCUGGAAUACAAAGCGAGGUCUCUCAGCAAUUGGUCCAGAAAGGACACAAAAUAACUUGGCCAGUAACAGGCUUUGAUCGAGGAGCGUUUGGACGUGGUCAUGUAAUAACCCGUGGUGCUUGGUUUGCUGGCACAAGUACAGAUGUGUACACAGGUACUGAUGUAUGGUGGGCUGCUGCCGAUCCACGUUGCGAUGGCUACCCACAAACAUAUUGAUCUCAUAUGCGUGUACGAGCACAUUCACACAAAAAGUGUUAAAUGACAUGGUAGUGCUGUAAAUGCCAUGCACGAUGAAACAACAAACAAUUUAUUAUUGAUACUGACAAAGGAACUAAUUCAGUUUACUGCACAACAACAAAGAAAAAAGAAGACAUUUCCUUUUAAAAUUAUAUCUGUGAGACAUUUGAAUUGCUUCCUUUCCUUCCUAAUGUAACGUUUUACUAUCUUCUUUCAAUUUUAUUUUGUAAACAGCAAAAAACUCAGAAAAAUUUUGUUGCUCAUGUUUUAUAAACAGUUUGUCUAAGGCAAUGAGGAAAUGUAUGGAAGACUAAAACAACAAUAUGAUAAAUAUGUGAAGACUGAAUAUGGUUCCACCCAAAUCAUUUAGUUAUUCAGUCAGAAACAGCUGCAGAAUGCAAUAUAUACAGUUUUAUAGUUCAUCUUCACAUAUGUGGAGUAAACAUGGUUUUCCUAGAAAUAGUUAUUGUAUUUGUAAUAUGCAGCUGAUAAUGAAACAACUCUGCACGUAAGGUAUUCAGAUUUUUCAUGUGCAUUGGUAAUGUAAUAAAAACAAAACACAACCACUUUUAGGCUGAUGUUCUUAAGCAUACAAAUGCUUCUCCAUUGUGAAAUUAUGACCCUAGAAUGCAAUAGAGGUUGCAUUAUAGCAUGAUGAAGGCAUUUCUCUGUAAAUGUAUAAGAAAACAAUAAAACAUUAGCAUUUAAAGUAUAGAAGUUUCACAAGUUUGAAUGCACAAAUUCUGUUAGUCAACUGUGAUGCAUUACUACGAUAGCCUCUCUUUGGGUGUAUUAACAUUGGCAGCAUUGAUGGAGCAAAUAUGAGUUAAAAUAAAGUAAUGUGAGGAUCUUGAUAAACAUUUCACACUAAGGCAGUAAACUGAUUGUUAAUAGUUCAGUGUUUAUGCUGAAGUUUAUUAAUGUCUCUACAGAAUGAAGAACUACAGACAACAUUGUUCUCAGUAUGGAUUUUAAUUACACUUGUGAGAACUUAUAGUGAUGCUUUAAUACAAGGUACACAACAUAAAUGUAAUACUGUUUUUAAUAAGUUAAGACAAUAAUGGAAUUUUGCUGUUGUGUCAGUCACUUGUCAGACUGUGGUGGCUAAGAAAGUUGACACUGUACAUUGUUUCAAUUUUUUGUAAGAUUACUUAAAGUAAAACUAAUAGAAAAAUAUUGUCAGUCACUCAUAUUACAUCUACCAAUUGAGAAAAGUUACAGCUCUAUAUUAAAGUAAUAAAAGCAGAAUGCUUAUGUGCAGCUGUAUGCCUGGAUUUGAUUAAGAUUGGAGAAAUAGAAAACCUGAAAAGUAUCAGAGCAAGUAAAACACAAUGAUGAACACAGGAUCAGUAGUAACGAGAUCUGUACAAGAAAACUGAACAAAGAAACAUAAUUAUGGAGAAAACAAAGAAUGUUGUUUUACAGCCAUGUGGUUUGGAUGAAUGAAAACAGGAUAUGUAAGAGGUUUUUUGAACAUAUUAACUACAGAAAAAUCUCCCUGGUGCAAGUGGCUCCAGGAAAUCAGAAGUUAUCCUAAAGAGAUGACGACUGAAAAACAUGAAUUUCUGAACAAAGAUACAUUCUGAAAGUAGCCUUUAGAUUUCCAUCACCAGAGAAAACCAAAAACGAAAAGUGGAACAAAGUAGUCAGAAGUUAAAUCAGAAGCAGUUACUCACAUGGCACAAAACAAAUGAAAAAAUGUAGAAUACUGAACAAGCUGGAAAUAAUUGAAAUUUGAGGCUAAGUACAAGAUAUUCUGUUUCACAGACACUGCUGUUUAAUUUGAAACAAAAAGAUAUAUGCACUAUAGGUAGCAAAUAUAUUUUAAUGUAUUUAAUUUGCAUUUCUGCAUCUCAUGAGCAAUAAUAAACAGAUAUAUUAACAUCUGCAUGUAAUAAGGUGUAUGAUAAGAAAACUUGAUAAGUAAACUUUAAAUACUAAAUUUCAAAAUUAUAUUUUCUUUCUUCUGGUAUUUUAACUGCAUACUAUAGUAUCAAACAAUGGAAACGCGAGAUAUGCAUAUAAACAAUGUAGGCAAAGACAUAUUGCUACUUACUAUAAAGAUAACACACUAAGUUGCAGACAGGCACCAUUAAAAGACACUUACAUAUAAGCUUUCAGCCACAGUCUUCAUUGGAAAAAGAGAAACACACACCAUUAAUUUAUACAAGCAAGCACACCUAAUGCACACACAUCCACCAGCUUGAGACAGAAUGUGUGUUAUCUUUAUGGUAAACAGCAAUCUGUCUUUUCCUAUAUUAUUCUAUACUAUAGCAUUUUCUGCAUAAAAAUAGUCUGUUAAUACAUAUACGUAAAUGUACAGUAUUUGACAUAAAACCUAACUGUCAGCUGGCAACUGUAAUAAAGUAAGUCCAAUU